GAAGGGAAACUUGUCCAGUCAGCUGCAGCUGCAGUACGAAGGACAGUCACCCGGCAUAACAUCUGGUAACCGGGAGUUACAUCUUGUGUCCUGUGUCUUACUUCCACCCUGCCGAGUUUCCUGUUAUGCUCCACUUUGCUUAUUGUAAAAGUUCUGGCUUUCUCUUGAUGGUUACAGUCGGAGAGACUAACCGUAUUCGUCUUCUCUGACAUGAAGAAUACUCUCGGCUUUUGGGGAAUUGUCCUUUUUCUCAUCUUUAAUUCCAGCUAUGGGAACAGAACAGCAGAAGAUUCCAGCUAUGGGAACAGAACAACAGAAGGUUGCGGGAACAAGUCGGAUAGCUGCAAAAAUAUUUGCGAUAUUUGUGACUCAUAUUUUGAUUUGAGGAUUGCCUGCUACCAUUUCCUGAUUCAUGCAACUUGCUUUGAGACUUUCAAUAAGAGUAUGUCUACUUUGAACGCCAAAGAGUUCUGCCAGUGGAAUAGCAUAAAGAGCCCUUACGAUAAUUUCACCAUAUGCACAGAGGAGAGAGCUGACUGCCUAUUGAUCCCCUGGCCCAACAAGCUGGUGGAGAACAUGUUUGUGGAGAUCCACUCAAACUAUUUCAAGUCCUGUCCUACCCAAGGAUUGGAUGACCCUCCUCCUAGCAUUGUAUUCGCCCUGGUUAUGACCCCUAUCUGCCUCAUCCCAGUCAUGGUGGUGGUAGUGGUGAUGAAGACCAAAAAUGGAGAUCGUCGCUCAUAACAACCGAUAGCAUCUAGCUCGAGCAAACACUGUCUUUUUGAUUCACCUGUGGAUGCAACCCUGCCCCAGACCACACCUUUUACACACCCAAAAAGCUGCCACCAGCAAGGGCAACCUGUCAUAUACUCUUAUGUUAACCUGUCUUGAAACUACAGAUCUGCAAUAUAACUACAUUACAAUAUAUCUGAGCCAUCUAUGGGGUGUGGUAUGACUUGGUGGUUAAGGAACUGGAUUUGUAAUUGAAAUAUUGCACAUUUGGUUUUUGUGUAGAUGGAUAUGGGUUUGUGUGUAUGCAUGUGUGUGCAUAUAUGUGUGUGUGUGUGUGUGUGUGUAUAUGUGUGUGUGUGUGUGUGUGUGUGUGAGAAAUGUUGACGUGAAAACGACCAUUGGAUCAGUUCUGUGGCAUUUGAUAGGGCUUAAAAGUAGCACAAAACAUGACUUGCUUUGCAGUGUAUAGUUAAUGGUAUAUGGGCAUAUUGACUAUAAUGUAGCCAAAAGCAUCAUGAUUGUGUCGGAAUUUAUACCCUGGGGAAACUCCCUUUACUUCACGCCACCUCCGAAUUGGGAAUCUAACGAGAAAGUAGUAAGUAAUUACCACAGAUUAGGUAUGGUUUUGAAUGUUUGCAUAGGUGAAUGCACCUGUGAAAUAGUUUCUGGAAGCAGAGAGUAAAGCUGCACUAAUGUGUGCCAGAAGGAACUGCACUGAAUGAAAAUGGCUACCAUACCCUGCUGUAAAAUCCAAUUAUACCAGCUUGACCAUCUUGAAAAUUAAGCUGGUCAAGUUGGUAUUAAGCUGGUCCAGCUGGGUAUGCGCUGGUCAACCAGCAUGGCCAAUCUGGUCAUGAAGCCGGUCUAGCUGAGUAUGAGCUGGUCAACCAGCUGUUUCAAAACCUUGAGCUGUUUUUUUCAGCAGAGUAGUUUAUCUCAUUGGGUUUACUAUCGCAAUCUAUCGGGCAUUAUCAAUUAUUUGUCCCUUUUCUUAACCACUCUCAGUUUCUAUGUGACACUUUUGACAUGGUGGUCAUAUGGAUGAGCCACACUUCUUCAGAAACCAUUCACCCUGAAGGGGUCCUAGUGGCACCUUGAUUAGGCUGUGCUGGGAAUAGUAUUUUAAACCAUCAUAAUGUCACAAUGGAAUGGCAUCAAAGGAACACAACUGCUCCACUAUAUUGCCUUCACCUUGCUGUCAGCUGGUAAACACAGAAAAAUCUGCAUGUGAUUGUCAAGCAUCAGCUGAAUUGAUUAGGUUUGGUUUAGUCUUGGGCGUGGACCUAUGUUUCACACAAGGGUUGAGCCUUCACUCCCAUUCUUUGCCCUAGAUAUCAUCUUCAUUCAUGGCUUGAAAUUUGAAGACUUUAUGUGGGAUUUCUUUUUUUACCGAAACGAGUGUGGGUUGAUAUUCAACCACAAAAAAGUAGUGCUAUUUUUUGACUGGCAGCUUAUGUCUUUGAAUGUCUCACUCUUGAUGCAAAGUUGCUUGGAAAAAACAGACUGGAAGCUUUGUGAAUUGCUUUAAUAAGCAGUAUAAUGACGCAGGGUUCAGUGAGGAUCUGUCAUAGUUUUCUGUUGAGGACAAUCAGGGUGAGGUACUGAAGAAAAUAGCAGGAAUGAUAUUUGUCCAAAUGACUUUCCUGGCAUUGUCCACACACUGGCUUCCUUCACAGCAAAAAUCUACUGCCAUUCCUCUUUCCUUUUGUCAAGGUGCUGGCGGAGGACACAUGCUUGAAAGUUCAAUCACACAUUAGAUUUAAACUUAAUUUGGAACAAGACUCUAGAGACCUUCUAAGAGACUAGCUGCAUAAGGUAGACCUUGGACUGUAUACAAUCAAUGUUUGUUCUUAACAUUGAGACUGAGAACUGAGAAACUUGUGUUUGGGAAGAAAAAUAAAUCUUGGGAGUCAAAGUUAAGAACAAAUGUUGAUUUAAUUCAAGCCCUCAUCUUUCAAUGACGAUGAAGCAAAAACUGAAAAUGUAAAUGUAAAAUUAGUAGCAGCUACUUAUUUACUUAGAAUGGUUUCUACAGAUAUUAAAUGGGUAUCAUGACAUAUUUAAAUUUUAGUUAUCUUUAAACUACUAAUGUAACAUUACAACCUGAAUUAAUAAAUUAAGCAAUAUGUAUAUUUUCAUGCUGUUAAUGACAUGAACCCCUUAAGUCUCACCCAGGGCUGGGCAGGUGUGGGAUUUUUUUGUAUUCAUUCUGUUUUUAACAGUGACCUUUUCAAUCACUAUGGUAACAGGAUAUAGUGUUUGAAGGCGUGUAGUGACAUUAUGUUUCCAACGAUGUAUAGUUUGUUAGCCUUUCAUAAAACACAGGGCUUGUUUGCCUGUGUAACAAAACAAUAGCAUUUGUUUGUUCAGCACGCUGAGGUUGAACUAUUCUUGAGAUUUUAUGCCCAAAAAAGUUGCCAUUUUACAACAAUUUGCGAUGCCUACGUCUAAAUAGAGGAUUUCCUUUGGGGGACUUCCAAGGAAUCUCUCUAUAGCCUUAUAAUAUUCUCAGAUGAAUAUAUCUGAGACAGUGAAAACACCUUUGGCUCCACAAUAGAGGGGAUUUUCAUUGUCGUGACCCAAUUAUUAUUAUAUCAGUUACCAUCAAAUACAUUCUCAGAAUAUUGCAUUACUAUUCAGCAUGCUUAUAAAUAAUGAGCAAGCCUGCUUUGAAUAAUAAAUAGCAUGUGAAAUUGUGGAAUGUGCUUGACUUGUUGAUGGGGCUUGGGUAUUCGACAAUAGCGUCAAUCAAUAGUCCUCAAUGAAUAUAUUAGUAUAGUAUUUUGAGUCUCCAAAUAUCCUUUUUGGAAAACUGCCUUGACAUAGCUUAGAAAAAACGAUGCAGAAUGCUCCGUUUUGGUGAUAUUGGCAUCAGAUUUGAAAGGAGUUUUCGCUGUGGCUCAAUUUUGUUUCGCCAAUGUGGUCACAAUAAUCUGUAUCCACUCAAAAACAGAAAAUCUUUCCAGUGAGAAAAAAAAUCUUCCACUUCCACUGUGUUUGAGCUUCUGUAACUUUGUUUUAGGAAUACUUAGAGUAAUUCUGACUCUUGGAAAACAAACCCCAAAAGGGUUACCUUUCAGAAGACUGAGGAUUAUGGCUGUAGUCAAAAUGGUUCAAGAAUAGCGGAAAUUUUAUAGUAUGUCAUUUUUAAGCUCGUGUUAAGAAAAGGGGUGAUACUUAAGGGGUUAAUGUUAUAUAUACGUAAAUGUAUUGGUGAUAAUGAAUAAUGUAUUAAUAUAUCAUGUAUCUUACUGUAUGUGAGAGUAUAAGCUUUAUUGAAGUGCCUGUGAAACAACUGUUAUACUCUACAGUAUACACAGCUGCUGCUCAUUGUCAGUCCAUAUGAACAGAAAUAAAUUCUUACAUUUCUGUACAUAA